UCUUGAAAAGUAUUGCUUGUAGUAGACCGACGACCUACUCUGAUCCAAGUAUGUUAGAACUUGUGUCCUGUGUACAUGUCCCCUAGUGAAGUUUAUCAGCGGACUGAUAACAGCAGUAUCGGUGAAACAGUGUCCAAACUGUCCUUACAUUGUUAUCUUACGUGUGAACGAAUUACUAACUUUACCGUAUACAUACUUGCAUCGAGAUUGGUUUUAAACCACACUAAUUCAAUGGGUAUAGAAAGGAUUGCUUUAAACGUGUUUUAGACAACCGCGAAUCGUGUAAAUAUGUGAACACACAUGAUUCAGUAUCCGGAGAGCGCUGACGCAAGUUUUGUGACCGGUUCUUAGUGACGAGGGCUGUGCAUGUCACAGCCGACACUUGCGAUAAGACAGGGUUACCCUAGCCACUAUCUGUACGUCCAAUAUUAAUCUUACACGCCUCUCUAUAUUAAACGCUAGGAUUAUACGUAAAGUGCAUUGCAUGUCUUUGUGUCUGUUUACAUUUAAUUUGAUGGAUGUAGAUUUUAACGUUGACGUAUCGUGUGGCGUUAUGUUUGUUCUAAUUCAUUGACUUGAAAUUGGAUAAUAAUUUGUUGCACGAAAUGAAGUUGUUCAGAGGAAAACAGAACGGAUAUCUGUUUUGAUUGCUUCUAUAUACCUACAAAAGCAGCGGCAGUUUUAUACACAGUGCAAUGUGUUCGCCAAGUAAAACUAAUUAACACAAAGGUAUUCGUUCUUAUCGACGGAUAAACGUUUCUUCAUUCUCUACAUAGGAAUCGGAACAAUACUUACAAUUCUGAAAGGUUGGCGUGGGUCAUCAGCAGUCAUGAAAAACAGGCCUUUGAUCCUCUGCAUUAUUUUUCUAACCAUCGUCAUCUUCCUUCUUGUAUACGUAGAGGAGCAUUCAAGAGGAAUCCGCUUCAAACAUUUGAAUUUAUUUCCCACGCCGAAGUUACCCGUUGUUAACCCUUCUAGAAUAAAUACAGGCGACACAACGAAGGAUUUCCUCCAAAGUUUGGCUGGUUCCAACAAAAGUUUGACAGUAGUUUCCGGGUAUUUCGACAUUGGAAACUUCCCUAAAGGAUCUAUGGCUAGUAUACGAACACCGAAAAAAUAUGAAGACUGGCUGAGAGUUUUUGGGAGAAUACAGAAUCCGGUGAUACUUUACACAGACAGCCAGGCUUUUGCGACGCUAUUUGCUAAUAUACGUAAUAAAACGAAAUACCUUACAAAGAUUAUUGUCAUCAAUCGCGACACAUUGUGGAGCUUCCAGAUCAUGCCUAAAAUUGCCAAGUUAUACUCCAUGCCAGGAUAUCCCAAACAUUAUCCGAACACCUUUAUUCCGGCUUACACUGCUCUAACGCAUUCUAAGUUACCUAUUGUCCUUGACGCAAUACAAAAACAAUAUUUUUCGACUGAUUAUUAUUGUUGGUUGGAUGUUGGAUAUUUCCGCGAUAUUGUGACCAGAAAUAAAACGUUUUGGUUGGAGGUACCAAAUGAUUUUGAUCCCUCUAAAAUUGGUGUAACGCGUGUGUAUAAUUCAAAACUGACAGAUAUACGACCGAAGACAAUAAUUUAUGGAAAUUUAAACUGGAUUGGAGGAGGUCUGUUUCUUGGAAAGCCUGAUGUACUUGUGAGAUUUGCCAGGCAAUACAAAUUUGCUGUGAUGAGAUAUCUUAACGAGAGCCUUAUGAACGUUGAACAACAUAUUCUGUAUUCCAUGUUUACAACAGAGGAACGUAAAGCGCAUCCGCUAGAUGUUGACGUUCAACUUUAUAUACCGGGAACAAAGAACGUGAUGUCUGGAAACCCUUGGUUUUAUUUAGGUUAUCUCAUGUACGACGAAACGUGAUGUAUUUAUAUGAAAUAAACAUAAAUCAAAAUGUAUUUUUAUACAGCGGGUACA